GGUUUACGGCACAGUAUGGCAGCCUCCAUGCCACUCGUGAUAUCAGCUAGCUAGAACAUUCUAGCGGAUUCAUGUUCUUGAGUUUAAAAGGGAGUUAACUUGUGUCAAGACGUUAUUGUGUUCAUUUACUCAACGGUGAUUUUAAGGACUCUUAAAAAGUGAAUGUCAUGGCAGAAGACAGACAACCCAGGAGAUAUCCUCGGAACCUUCAGGGUGUCAUGCAGCUGGCAGUGGAUGCUGGAUCAGCCGCAGAGGGACCUGCUCCUGUUGAACCCAUGUCAGAGGAGAGGAAAACAUGGUUGAGAGACGCUCUUGCAGAAGUCUGCAAAGGGCAGAUGGAUGAAGUGGAGCAGAUGAAGCAGUGCUUGGCCGUCUUACGGCAAGAGGGAUCGAGUGAAAGGGAGACAGAAGGAGAGGAUGAGAGGGAUGAAGAGGAUGAAGAUGAGCGUGAAUCAGCCUUUGAGAUGCUCUCAGAGUUGUGUGAGAACCUGGACAAUGCUAGAGACUUUAUGACUCUCGGUGGACUGGAUUUGUGCGUCUCCCAGUAUCUGUGUCAUGCCCAAAGUGGACUGCGGUGGCGUGCUGCACAGCUUCUUGCUUCCUGUGCCCAGAACAUGCCGCAGGUGCAGGCCCACCUGUUAAGCAUGGGGACACUGCCAAAGCUGCUGCAGCUGACAGACUCAGACCCCAACCCCACCGUCAGAGUAAAAGCCCUUUAUGCAGUGUCAUGUCUGGUUCGAGAGCAGGAGGCAGGACUUCAGGCGUUCUUGUCCCAUGAUGGCUUUUCAGUGCUGAUGCGAGGCAUACAGUCGGACAGCGAGAAGCUCAGGACUAAGUCGGCGUUUCUUCUGCUCAACCUGCUGACGUCACAUCCCGAACAAAAAGACACAGUUGUCUCCAUGGGUAUGGUAGAGCAGCUGGUAUCUGUUCUUCGCACACCACACUCACCUUUUCAUGAACAUGUGCUUGGAGCCCUUUGCUGUCUGGUGGAGGACUGUCAGCAGGGUCUCAAAGACUGUAGGAAUCCUGCUCUGGGUUUGGAGGAAUUACUCAGACAGCGAUCCAGAGAGCUCCAAGGAAAAGAAGAGAGUCAGGAAGAACUGGACUUCUGUGAACGUUUGAAGGUUAUAUGUUUCCGUGGGCAGCAAUCAGAUGACAAUGGGAUGGAUCGCUGAAGUCCGGUUUACCUCACCUGUUUUGGUAUCAGCGUGCAGAGAUGUAACACAACAUUCAAGAUCUGGAUCGUGAAUGUUAAAGCAACGUUUUUUGUCUGUCACAACAAAUGUAGUCCAUAUUUUGCAUGUCAUGCAGGAACUGGAUUUUUCUCUGUAAAUAACCUAAAUGUAUAAAAUACUUUUCAAGUUAGCUGUUAUUUAAGUCCAUUGUUUUCAGUUGUCCAUAUCUUGUAACACCAAACAUCUCCAGCACAGGUAGUAUGCAAACCCAUACCCCGAUGUUAAUGUAGUUACGUGUUCAACUUCAAUCUGCAACCACACCGCUACAUGCCACCGUUACACACUAUACCUUUAAAACAGGCCUCAGAAUAAUGGAUCAUUGUUUUUUGUUUUUUUUACACCAUAAUUAUUUAUUUAUUUGAUUGAUUAUUAGCAAAACAAAUAGGUGUAUUUAUAUACAUAAAAUGGGCAGCUCAAGAAAUGGAAAACAAUGCCAUAACCACAUGCACAAUCUUCACGUAAAUAUGUAUGUUAUGCAAAUUACAAUAUUUUGGUACAAAUCACAGAAUACAGAUGUUAUUCUUA